CAUCAAGAUUAUGAAGAGCCAGGACCCGAUGGGCGGGCGCAUCAUCAACAACGGGUCAAUCUCCGCAUACACACCCCGUCCCGACUCGGUCGCAUACACCGCCACCAAGCACUCGAUUACGGGCCUGACCAAGUCAACAUCGCUCGACGGGCGCAAGUACAACAUCGCCUGCGGGCAGAUUGACAUCGGCAACGCCGCAACACCCAUGACCGCGCGAAUGAGCGGCGGAGUUCCGCAGGCGAGCGGACUUACCAUCGAAGAGCCGACUUACGAUGUCAACCACGCCGCGGACGCCGUAGUCUUCAUGGCGAACUUGCCUCUCGACACCAAUGUGCAGUUCAUCACCAUCAUGGCGACCAAGAUGCCCUACGCCGGGCGUGGAUAA